ACCAUCAUUCCGUUUGAUACCGUCGAUCGGAUUGGACGCGUUUGGCUCUUAGUGGUCUGUGACAUUUCGAAGGAGAAAACUCGCCGGGUUUUUUUUUCAAUUCGUGGCGGAAGAGCACAUUCCGUCAGACUUGCUCUCUGCCACCUUUUGUCUGCCGUCGAAGGAGUUGAUGCCUGGAAAAAGGUUGUGAUCUUGGUGAUUCGGUGAUGCGAGGAAAUUAAAAGUAACUCUUUGGAAAUUUCUUUGCGGUUUCGUUGGCUCUCGCGGUGGUUUGGUGAGGAGAAUUUUUCGAGCAACGCCAGCUAGUGAACGGGGAGUGGACAAGCGAGUGUUGCCGCGGAGGGUGAAAGAAAGUUUCCCCCCAUCUCUUUGCCCUUGCGCGUGGCGUCUAGGACAUUUGAGUGUUGGACAACGCAGCCAGAAAGAAAGCAAAAAAAGGCCGCGCAAGAGGUUGACUCUGUUGGCGAUAUGAAAUUGUGAGGCAGUGCAUGUUUUGUAUUUUGAAGAGCGAAAUACGCGAUACAUGUGGCGCGUUGAUGUGUGUCAGUUGGUAGGUUGAUAACUGUCCAGAAAAUCAACGAACCGUCACACUCUCAGUUGGUUUAAAGGAAGCAGGAGUGUGUGUUUGUGUCGAUAUUUUGGACCGCGUCUUCUGCCUGGGGCUGAUGAAUUUAAGAUAAGUUUUCCAAAAUUAAUCCCCCGAAACGUGAUUCGAGAAAGGUGCGAUACCGAAGGUGAAAUCGCAUACUCGAUAAUUGAUCGUAAAGUGGCAAUUUGGGCAGCAUUAAGACACUGUGCGGCGUAUUUUGUGCACUGAUAGGCGGCAUUCAUUGAUGCAAUUGGGAUAAUUAAGUAAACGAAUUUGAAAGAGGAAAAAAACCUCCCAGUGUGACCUACCGCGAGUACUUGAAAACGAAAGUGAAAACGAAACAGGAAGUGUCGAUGACAAACUUGUCCAACUGAGGAGAGCCGAGAAAAUCAGUGAAAGCCUUCCCCUUUCUCUCCCAGCUUCACCAUCAGAUUCGAACCUGAUCGAGAUUUUUAACCGACCGAUCAACAAGCAGGGUCCCGAAGAAAUCGAAAAGCAGUUUAAAUCCGAGACACAUACCUUAAAGAGACCCCGUGUGCGGCAAGAAGAAAACAAGUUGACCGAGAAAAGUGGGAACAGGUUCGUCGCUUGACAAAUUGAAGUCUCCUGCUCUCCAUCACAGCCUGGACCCCUCCUGGGAGUGAAUGGUUCACCGAUCAUCGGUGUCGUCUUCAUCUGGCUUCAUCGGCUGCAGUUCCUAGCCCAACGAAGUGAAGAAUCACAGACUGAGUCAACUGACGGUCUGACUGAAGAAUUUCCCUUUUCGCGGCACACACCCAGCCGCGAGUAGCCAGCAAGUAAAAGUCAAGUUCAACACUAGCUGCUGUUGGGCGUAGCAGCAGAUCUCUGAAGAUUGGUCCUUUAUUUGCACUUCCGUAAAUCCUCAAAGUGGCCAGGUUGAUCAAUUGAAUCAGCAUGGGAAAACGCAAUCGGCAUUCGCCUAUAUACAUCGGAUUCGUACUAUUUGUACUAGUUGGUGCACAAGCUUUCAACUUCGACGAUGAUUUGGAAGAUCUGAUUGCUGAGGAAUCCAACAUGGACGAAGAGGUGUUCGGGGGCCCAGUGCUACCCUCCGAUGUAUUCAACGAUGGGAAACCAUUCUACGUCGAAAGAGAUCCGUCGACCGGUGCUUUCGAUUUUAAUCACAAAAAGACUGCCAAUCAAAUCGACAAUGAUGAAAAAGGAUUAUACCUUACCAAAGACAGUCACGUUAGUGAUACGAAAGAUGUCAUCAUCACUCAAUCGGCUCCCAAUUUCCACGACUUUCUCAACCUUCCAGUGAAAUAUUCAUCCUCUAACUUUGUCUAUCCACUUAUUUCUAGUUCUUAUGCUAACUUAAAAUACCAAGGUAGCAGCAAGGGCUCCAAUCACAAAAAUGCCUCAAGCACUCCUUCAACUACCACAAUAUCUCCCAAGUUUCAAUUCACGCGACCGCAAUAUACCACUACUCCAAGACUGGAUACCAUUCGUGCACAGACAAGCUCAACGGCAGCAAAUGUAACGCCAUCUUCAACGAGAUACACCUAUCCGACAACAUCGGGACGCCCAAUUACUACUACGACAACUACAACGACUACCGAACAACAAACGACCACCACACCAGUGAAGCAACUUUUUACUCGAUACCCCUACAAGAGCACUAUCAAGAACAAAUACCUUGAAACAACCGAAACUCGCAAAAAAUUCUUCCUACCUUCAACACUUUCUAUGCCACCAAGCACUACCCAAAAACCGAUAUUCUCUGAACACCAAACAACUCCGGUAAGAUCCUCGACAUACUACUCACCGUCCAUUCGACCAUGGAGCAGCCCUUCGGCUUCGCAACCAACAACUACACCCGAACCCACGACCCAAUCUCGGCCGUCCAAUCCUAUUCGAUUUGUGAAUGACGACCGUCGACCAAUCUCCAUCGAAACAUCUGCUCCGAAAAUGAACUACACGAUUCCAGCUCUCAAAUACGAAGGUAAUCGACCGGCACCUUUCCGACCUCUACCAGCUCACCAUGUCGAGAUGUUGAACCGGCAAAAUGAAACCAGCAACAAAAUUGAUCUACCAAAAGAUCCUUCCGUAAUGUCCUUGUCGGACAUCUUUAAUGCCUUCAAUCAAGAUGACAAACAGGCUAUCCCGGAAGAUAAUGAAAACAGCAUUGUAUUCGAAACAACUAUCAAUCAAUUUGUCGAACAAACUACUCCCCCUGCUAUCAUCCUUAUACCCGAUGAGCCACAGCAACAGUCACACAAUGACGUUCCGAAGAUUGAGCAAUCUAUCGACCUUACUGACCAAUACGUCAAGUACGAAGUCCAACAACCUAAUGGACACCGACCUCAACAGCCUAGCGAUGAUCAAUACGUGCGUUACGAAAUUCACCAAUCCAACGGUCAUCGCCCUCAGGCACCUUCCCAAGAUGUUGGCAACCAAUACGUCAAGUAUGAGGUCCAGCAACCUCAGAUGAAUGUUGUCAAAUUUGGAACUGUUCCAAGCAUGAAUAGUGUUGUCAUUAGCCCAAAUCAGAACUCUGCCACCUUUGUCCUAGGUUCACAACAAUCCGUCGGAGGCGGUUCCUCUGAUGGGCACUUCGUUGGUUCGGUGUCUCAAGAAGCAUCUUCAGCUGCUUUGAACGGACACCCAUCUAGUUACCAAAUGGGUCAGGUGCUAGAUGCGCAAAAUGAAAAUACCAACGUUCAGGUGGGAAGUUCAGUAAAUGUACAAGUCAAACCGCAAGAUUUUAUAAAAACUACCAGUGUCAGAUUCCCCAGCGAAAGCGAUGAUAAAUUUGAAAAUGCACCUAUAAUUAGUGGUACACACAAGAGCGAGGUCUUACCUCCAAAUGGACACUCAGCUCCAGUAGGAGCAGGAGGACCAAAUCAGAUGGUUGUUUUCCCCAGUAAUGAUAAAAUCGAUAAUUCACUACACGAAGUUACUAACAAGAUAGUUUUUGACACUCCAAACAACGAUGUAUUGAACAAAAACGAACUUCCGGGCUUACCUGAUUUACCAGAAACUUUAAUGCCUCCAUCGAAUCCUGAAAACGGACCAAAACGUCCACGCCCCCCAAUGAUCUCUCAAGGACCUCCAUUCAUGUACAAAGAAAUUCAACGCCGACCAUUCCCAGGUGAUCGGAUUCGUCCGCCACUAAAACUACCCAACAUUUUGCCUCAAUUCCGACCUAAUGCCAAAAUUUCUCAUGGACAUACCCCAUACAAUAAAGAAGCCGGAAACUUCCGUGUUCCUCCACCACCACCACCCAAAAACCUUCCUCUACCGAAUAGUCUUUCACUGCGCCCAGCCACACUCACUCAACCAUCAACUUCAACUUUACCAAUUCGGCGAUCACCAGUUUCAACAAAGUUCAUGACCCGUAUCAAUAACGUCCGUCCUCAAGGAAUUGCACCACCUGGAAACCCCGUUGAACCUACCAACGAUAAUCGUCGUUACUACCGUCUACCUCCUCCAAUGCUUAAAGAUCGCGUAUACCAUAUUACACCAACGAACAUGAAGCCUCCUCCACCUCCAGGACUGUCAGCUGCUUCUAGAUUCGCCGAUAGCUAUUCUCCCCUGAAAGUCGACAAAAACACUACGAAACCAGAACAUUCAGAAUCGAACGAGUUUCUGCGAGAACCUCCAAACUUUGUCAAAAAUACAAACUCCGAUGAGAAACCUCUAAGACCAAAACUUGAACCAGUAGUCACACUACAAAUGCUACAAGCUAAAAAGCAAGGUUCGGAAACUCUGAAACUGAACCUUCCAUCUGGUCAAAAAAUAGACCCAACCCCCCCACCAUCGCCGGCUCAGGGCAUCGGUGCUGAAGGAAAACAACCGGUGUAUGUAGUGUAUCCAGUCAAAAGUACACCCAUGAAAAUGGACUCGGCUCAAUCUGGAAGCAACAUUGAUUCAGUUGUCGUAGGUCUUCGAGGUGAACAAGCUCCUCUGCCCCCAUUGAGAAUCAGCCCUGGAACUGAGUAUCAAAAUACACCUUUCUCAAUUGCUUCACACUUUGAACAGGAACCCAUAUUAAUGGCCAAGGAAAAGAAACAACAACAGAAGAUUAACUUUCCGUAUAACCUGGAAAGACCAGACCCUCACGCCGCCAUGGUCGACAAUGACAAUGAUUUCCGCCGAAACCCAUCGGAGCAAGAAUUGAACGAGAAAAAACAAGACACGAUCUACAACAUUGGCGAAGAGCCCAUCAGUAAAGAACACUCCGAGGAUUCCCCCAUAUCUACUAAACUGCAGAGAGCAACAGACAGUACGCCCAUUGCAAUUGCUUAUACACCAACCGAAUCUAAUUUGAAAUACAAGUACAAAAUCCAGAACUCUCCUUACUAUUCACCAUACGGAGAAACUCAAACGGAGGUAUCCUACCUGAAGAUAGACGAUUUUGAUGAAUUUGGAAACCCUGCUCAUCGGUACGAACAAAGUUUUCAAGCUCCAUUCCAAGCAAGCAUUAGUCUGGAUCCAGUAAAAGUUACCAACCCAUAUGAAGGUUGGGCAGUAGUUACUUCCCCUCCUCAAGCUCUAAUUCAGGAGCCCAUCAAAGUAGAUCGCUCAGAUAGUAACCAUCACGAUGAACCUAUCCAACAAUCUACCAGUAAACCAGUUGCUGCUGACAGUAAAGGGAGUUUCCAACCAGAAUUCGAAGGCGGAUUCCGGCCUAUUUAUGCGGAGGAUGUUAAACUUAGCGAGCUGGUGAAUCCAGAUCCCCAAUCACGCAAUGCAUAUGUAGCAUCUCACGACGAAGAACCUGUCGCUUCAGUUGAAAACUCUGAAUCUGUCGUGCAUAAAACCAAUAAAAUUGAGCAACCGGAAAAACCAGAUCAUGCCGACAAGCCAAUACUGGACAGUUUGGAAGCUUUCUUCGAUGACUUGACCAAAGACUAUGAAGACAACACCGAGUUUACAACUGGACUAGGAGAAGAAGAUGAUCUGGAGGAAAGUACAUCGAAAUACAUCAAUGAAGUAGAAGGAAGAAGCAAUGAUGGAGUUGAAGCCGUGGAAACAACGGUUAAACCCGAAUCGAAUGCCAGUAGCGAAAAGAGCGAAAAGCAGAAAAUAAGCAGCAAAUAGAGAAUAAAAACAGGAUCAGUAGCACAAGGAUCGGCACAGGUUUGAAUGUUUACAAACCUGUCGGCCGAUGUCAACGAGGGUUUCGCCUUAGUGUCGAACGAAUCGUACGCCGAUUCCCUCCUCUGUAGAUGAAAUUGCAUUUUGAGAUUGCGUUGAACUAAUCUCUCAUAGUAAAGCUAGAUUUUACUAAAGAAAUCGCAGUAUCUUGAGUAUCUAAUGUUAAGUGCACAACUUUUUGGGCGCGAUUAGACUUCCUCCAUAUUUGUUCCUUUCCAGAAUUGCAAUUUUCUAAAACUACUUUAUGAAAUUUCACCUGAAUAACAGCAGAGUACAGAAACGAAAGCAGAAUCUAACUACACAUGCAAAUGAUUGCGUUGAAAACACACAAGAAGCUAGUCAGCUAUGCUUAAUAUUAGAUACUUGAUAAAACAGUUAACAGAUCGAUGGAAAUAUAAAAGACAACACUUUGAAAUCCACUCCCUCUAGCACUGCAAAAAUUGUAUAGUAGUUAUUAGCUACUAAAUUGUAUGUAGUUUUAGACUGAUAAAUAAACCAUGUAACAAAAUUGGGAAAAUCGAGGAAAAACGCAAACAAAAACAUAAAUAGCAAUAAGAUAGCUGUAGGAAAUCAGCGAUUCGAAAAGGUGAGUGAAUAACGACAAAUUCUAAAGUGAGAAAAUUGUGGGUUUCAAAAAAUUGCUAAAUAGUAGUUAAUAUACACGUAGGAAUUAGAGAAUUCGUUAACAAACAUAUUUUCACGCUCUCUUCUUUAUGCACCACUGCAUCAUGUUGUUUUGUUACACUGAUGUUUUAUUUGUUUCAAAUGAACAAAACCUCCAGCCUGUACAUCGUAGCACUUUCAAUAGUACCAUCGCACCUGAGCUAACUUCACCGAUUCUAGUGAUAGUAUCUAAUCUUACGUUAACUGUAGUGAAUCUAUUUUCCCUGUACUAAUUUAUUUAUUUAUUUAUUUAUCCUACCCUUAUAAUCGAAAUUCUUAACUUUAACGAAACACUGUAUUCAGAUGAACAUGAAACCUCACCUCCACGAUGAGCAUGAACGGAUUGUGUAAAUUUUUUAAGUUAAAUAAAAGUUUGAAAGAUA